AUGUCUACAUCGAUAUCAUAUGAUGAGGAUAGGAAGACCAAACUAGUGGCUCAAUACGAAUCUAUAAGGAAAGUGGUGGAUACAGAGGCAGGAGAAGUUCACGGUGAUAAAGAUGCUUCUAAAAUUUUAAUACUAGUUGUUUCAAAACUAAAGCCAGUCAGUGAUAUAAAGAUUCUUUACGAUCAUGGUGUGAGAGACUUUGGAGAAAACUAUGUUCAAGAGUUGGUUGAGAAAGCAAAGAUAUUACCAGAAGAUAUCAAGUGGCACUUUAUUGGCGGUUUGCAAACAAAUAAAUGUAAAGAUUUAGCUAAAGUACCAAAUUUGUAUUCUGUUGAAACGGUUGACUCUUUAAAAAAAGCCAAGAAAUUAAACGAAUCCAGAGGUAAAUUUGAGCCUGAAUGUAACCCGAUAUUAUGUAAUGUUCAGAUUAAUACAUCACAUGAAGAUCAGAAGUCAGGGUUAAAUGACGAAGCUAGAAUAUUUGAAGUCGUCGACUUUUUUUUGUCAGACGAAUGCAAGUAUGUUAAGUUGAACGGGCUAAUGACCAUCGGGUCAUGGAAUAUUUCCCACGAAGAUAAUGAAGAAAACAAAAACUUUACUACGUUAGUUGAGUGGAAGCAAAAGAUUGACGCUAAGUUUGGAACAUCCUUGAAAUUGUCUAUGGGCAUGAGUGCUGAUUUCAAGCAGGCCGUCAGACAAGGAACAUCGGAGGUCAGAAUCGGUACUGAUAUUCUUGGCGUUAGGCCUCCAAAAAAUGAGGCUAGAAUUAUUUAG